AAUUUGGGGAAAAAUACAUCGAUAAAUAUUGAAAACAUUAGAGAACCAUGACCCACCAACCCAUACCAGACGAUUCCUUCGUCCUCACAAGCAUGUGAAUAUUCUCUUUCACCAUAAUUCAAUCAUCAACAUUGCCUGUCCAAUUUCUCUUCCACAUCUUUAUAACUUCAAUUCCCUAAACUCUCUACGCCAUAGCCGCUCUUUUAACUUUUACUCACAAUUUUUUUUUUCUUAAUACUGUGUUUAUUAUAUAAGGGGAAAAUGAAACCCAUCACAUCAGAUCAGAUAACACUAAAAUCUUACCAUAAGCACACCAAAUAAUAGCCUGUGACCAUUCGCUUGCCUUUGAUUGACAUAAUUUAUUACAGCGUGGUUGCUUUCAUUUUGACUCCAUAAUUCCGCAGUUUCUAGAUGUCAAGGUGCUUCAGCUUCACCGAUGUCAAGAACUCCUGCUACAGAUCCACCUUCAUCAAAUCGGGUCUCCGAUCUACCAUCACCGACCUCCAUGACAGCACUGUAAUGCACUGCUGGAUCCCCACUGUUCGAGAAUAUUCCAAACCAAAUCUCCUCCUCAUCCACGGCCUCGGUGCCAACGCAUUGUGGCAAUGGGGGGACAUCAUCCGCUUCAUGACCCCCCACUUCAACGUCUUCGUACCGGACCUCGUAUUCUUUGAGGAGUCCUACACAACCCGACCCGAACGCACCGAGGCGUUCCAGGCUCAGUGCCUGAUGCGGCUCAUGGAGGCCCACUCUGUAAAGAAAUUCAGCCUGGUGGGGUUGAGCUACGGUGGGUUUGUCGGGUACGGUUUGGCGGCGCAAUUCAGCGAGGCCGUGGAGAGGGUGGUGAUAUGCAGCGCCGGGGUGUGCAUGGAGGAGAAGGAUUUGAAAGAAGGGGUGUUCAGAGUUUCCGAUUUGGAAGAGGCGGCAUCAAUUUUGGUGCCCCAGACGCCGAAUAAACUCCGCGAGCUAAUGGGUUACACCAUGUUCAGGCCGCCGCCUCUCAAUUUAGUGCCGUCGUGUCUGCUCGCUGAUUUCAUUGACGUAAGUCGCCUCCAGCUAUCUGAUCCUCCAGUAGCUAAUCAAAUCCUGACACGUCAACCUGACACUCAAAUCACAGAUUUUUCGUUUAAUUAAAUAAUAAUAAUAUCAUUGUAUUAUAUUAAUACUAGAAUUUGAUCGAGGAGCAGGUGAUGUGCACGGAGUACGUCGAAGAGAAGAAACAAUUGAUCCUUGCGAUUCCCAGAGACCGAAAACUUGCGAACAUUCCGAAGAUCACGCAUGUGAACACCUUUGCCUCCUACUUUCUCAAUUAUCUGAGAUCAACUUUUACUAACCAUUCUUUUGGUUUCCACACAGCCGACGUUGAUACUCUGGGGAGAAUACGAUCAUGUGUUUCCGUUGGAAUUGGGGUACAGACUAAAAAGACACUUAGGGGAUAAUGCUCACCUGGUUGUUAUCAAGAACGCGGGGCAUGCCUUCAAUGUGGAAAAGCCGAAGGAGUAUCUCAAGCACUUGAUGUCUUUUCUCGUUAAUUAAUUUGCAGACUGCUCCAGCGAGCUCACGUCUUAAGAUCGGAAACCAUUAUUCUUCGUUACAGGAUUGAUUGGGGGUGCAAAAUAGCUACAGCGAAACCAAUGUAAAAAGACAGGACAAGAAUUCAAUCCUAUGAUAUAUGCCCUGUUGGAAUACCUGCCUGUAUUAUUAAUUUGCCAGGUGCCUGCUUAGAUUUACAAUCAUAUCCUUUUUCCAUUCUUUGUGAAACAUUUUGAUAUUCUAUAUUUCUCACUUCGACAAACAUAAACUGGCUAUUUUCUA